AUGGCGCAACUCGCUUCAGUUGGCGAGAAGCUGGGUAAAGGUGAUGAUUUGGUCGGCGAUAUGUGCCAGAAACUCUUCGACCUCAUGAAAAGGCAGCAAAAUCUGCUGACAAGCAUAGGUGAGCUCAUCAUUCGCUUGGUGUGCAAGCGCGUUGACGCCAAGCGCUUCUUUGCCACAGCUGCCAAGACGCUCGAAACAAUGGAGGACAAAGCCUUUGCGCGACAUCUGGUGCAGGUCCUUAAUCGUGGCUUGCUUACCGGCCCAGAGACAAAGAAGUUCCGAGCUCAGCUACGCUCUGAAGCCAGAGGCCAAGUUUCCUCCACUAGCUUCCCGAUGGUUCUGAUGCAGUCUUGGCUGUGUUGUCCCGUCAGCUCGCUUGUCCUGAGCUUCUGGAUGAACUGGUAUGAGCUGGCGGCAGAAUUGGCAACAAGGCUGGCCACCAUGCCGCGCACUGAGGAGAUAGAGGAACAGCUGAAGCAGUUCGUGGAGCUGCUGGAGUCUCCGGUCUUCAGCGACGUGCGGCUUCAGCUUCUUGACAGGCGACGCCCUGCGCUCCUCCGUGCAGUUCUUCGUCUGGCAGCACUUCUACCACAGGAGAAGGCUCUGCAGAGCCGCUUACAGGUGGUCGAGACUGGACUCCUGCUUGACCGGGUCAUGGCCUCGCGGAAACCAAUGCCAGGGCGGCGCCGCUCUGCAGAGGCCAGGCAAGGGAUAACAAGAAGAGGGCUAAAGCAGUGA